GGCGAUAGAGAGAGUGAAGGAGAGAUGAGAGGCGCUGCUGCAGAACACACCUCAUCUCCUCUUUAGCUGGAGGGAUAGAGGGAGAAAGUCUGUGCCAAUUUUCUCAUCUGGUCAGAGACGAAGAGGGAGAGCCAGCAAAGUAAUAUUUCAGGAAUCUUAGGAGAUAAAUGAACAAAGGACUGACAAGGAGAAGAGAGGAAGACGGGACAAAAACACCCGGAAUGUGAAGAAGCUGAAAUGAAGAAGCAAAUGGAGAAGGAAGAAACGACUGGGAGAGAUGCAGCCAGUGCCUUUGCUGCGCAAUGAUCCAGAACUGAGCCGUCCACCUUUGGUCAGCUCUUGAGACAGACGCUGUGGCAUCAGAGGCUGUCGUCCAGCUGCUGUGCACUUCCUGCUACAAUUAAAGCCAAAAUGAGACUUUGUUUAGAGGUUUCCAACAUCAGAAGAUAAUUUUCAGAUAUUUAACAUUCCAGAGAAGCUUGUCUUUCUUGUUAUGAGCGAUGACAGUGAACCAUUUGCUCUCCAGCUACAAUUAGCUCUCACAUCACUCGUCCAAAUGAUUUGUCGCUCUUCUCCGUAACAAAGACUUCCUCACCUUGUCUGAGUCGGCUCCUGAGAUCUGCGAGGAUUAUGAGGCCGGCUUUAGUGCUUUUCCAAUCACAUUGUCUCUUGUGUGUGUUUAGUGGUGUGUGUUUGCUCGUUGUAGUGGGCUCACUGCCUCCUGCACUGCCAUGGCAUGUUUCCUGCCCGGUGAGGUGUGUGUGUCAGAUCAAGCCGUGGUUCUCCCCGGACUCCGUCUACCAUGAAGCUCCCACCAUGGACUGCAACAACCUGCUGCUGACCAAGCUCCCAUUGCCCAUACCACCAAACACACACACGCUGCGCCUGCAGAGCAACCUGCUGUCAGUGCUGGACACUGCAGUUCUGCAGGGGCUCCCCAACCUCACCGACCUGGACCUUUCCCAGAACCUCUUCAGCCGUGUCAGAAUGGUAACUCAGAGUGCGUCCCUGCCUUCUCUGCUGUCCUUACACCUGGAAGAAAACCAUCUCAGUCACCUUCCAGAAGCCUCUUUCUCCUCACUGACAGCUCUGCAGGAACUCUUCCUCAGCCAUAAUAACUUACACUCAAUAGCAUCUGGAGCCUUUUCUGGUCUCGACUCUCUCCUUCGCCUUCACAUCAACAACAACAGACUCACUACCGUGGAUCCUUUAUGGUUCAGGGCUUUGCCUUGCUUGGAGGUUCUCAUGCUUGGAGGUAAUCCUGUGGAAGCCCUGCCUGAAAGGGGCUUUACAGCUCUGAAAUCCCUCAGGAGCCUCGUCCUUGGGAGUAUGGGUCUGAAAGGGUUGGCUGAGGAAGCUCUCGAAGGGCUCGAGGGUCUAGAAAGCCUCUCCUUCUAUGACAACCUACUCACUAAAAUCCCAAGACAAGCCCUGAAGAGGGUACCAGGACUGAAGUUUCUCGACCUCAACAAGAAUCACAUCAAACUAAUCGAGACAGGAGACUUUAAAGGUAUGGUCCACCUGAAGGAGCUCGGUCUCAAUAAUAUGGAGGAGCUGGUGUCGAUUGAGAAAGCCGCCCUGGAGAACCUCCCAGAGCUCACUAAGCUCGAAAUGACCAGCAACCGUCGAUUGUCAUAUAUCCAUCCUCAGGCUUUUGUCGGGCUGAGCAGGCUGGAGAGCCUAAUGCUCAACUCCAACUCCCUGAGUGCUCUGCACCAGAACAUCAUCCUCUCCCUGCCAGGCCUUCAGGAGGUCAGCCUACACACCAACCCACUGCGAUGUGACUGCCUGUUUCACUGGGCUGCCAGAGACACCGCUCAUCCUCACCUUGAGAAGGAAACAAACACACCAACAGCCCGCACGGUGCGUUUCAUCCAGCCUCAGGCAACCCUGUGCUCCGAUCCUCCAGAACUGAGAGGCCGCAGAGUGCGUGAAGUGUCUUCUGGAGAAAUGUCCGCCGUUUGUUUGCCCACAAUUCCUGCUGCUUCCCUCCCUUCCUAUGCAGGGGUCCAAGAAGGGGGGAAACUGGUUUUGCACUGUCGAGCACUUGCAGAGCCGGAGCCUCAACUCUACUGGGUGACCCCCUCUGGCCUGAAACUUGGACCUUCACCAAACCCUCUCUCCAAAGCUUUACCGUCCACAAUUCACUGCAACAACACAACUUCUCAUGGACUUCACCACUCAUCUGCCUCCAGUGUCCAGGUUCAAGAGGAAGCUGCCUGCCAACUUUUCAGACACUACCAGCUGCUCCCCGAAGGAACUCUGGAGAUCAUCAAGAUCUCCCCAAGAGAGGCAGGAUUGUAUACCUGCGUGGCUGAGAAUGCCCUGGGAGCGGAUACACGCAGUGUUACUGUGGGUGUUCACAACAGAGGAAAAAACAGAAGGAGGGGCAUGCUGACCAAACUAAAGAAAUUCCAAGCGAUCAGAGCAGAUGUCAGGUUGGAGUUGAGAGAAGUUGGAGAACACUACGCUAUCUUGUCCUGGCAGAGUGGACAAAACCUCCCCUCCACCCGUUUAUCCUGGCAGGCCGUGUACUCAAGCUCCCACUCGCCAACAUACACCACACGCGUCCUCGCUGGCACGCAAAGCUUCAACCUGACUCACCUGCAGGCGGAGACAUUUUACCGAGUGUGUCUGCAUUUGGGGAUUAGCGAGAGCACCAAGCAGGCAAGUCAGAGAUCAAGCGAGAGCAGAAAGCCUCAGUGCAUCUCGUUCAGGACAAAGGAAGUCCCAGAGCCUCAGCCUAGACUGCAGCUGAACCCCCAGCUGACCUCCACGGCGGUCACACUGCUGCUCCUUGCUCUCCUACUGCUGCUAGCAGGGCAGGGUUGGGACACCGAGCCUGGCGGGGAGGCAGGAAAUCACCGCAAUACCCUCUAUGUGGACAUAAAGGUUCCCAAGACUGUUAUCAUAUACCAAAAGACAGAAGAAAAUGACAAAUAUCAGUCAGAUCAGAGGGAGAUGCCGCAUAAGUGUUGAGCUCAUUGCACAUCCUCACAAGAAACAUUACAAAUGUACACCUGAAACUCACAACAGUAGAGGAACCACAGCUGACGGUUUAGUGAGAGAUUUGUAUUUAUUUUAUAUACAGUACAAAGUAUAUAUCGUUUCUGUGUUGGGGUAUGCUGUAAAGACUGCUUCUCUACUAACCGGGGAAAUGAAAUUGGACAAUCACACUCCUGCUGAACACAGGAUGAACCACUGAGCCUGAGCUGACCACUGGACUGAAACUAAGAGAGUCUGAUGUAAGGCAAGAUUCACAGAGAAGCUCAAGAACCUCAAGGGUUUUAUAUCCGUUUAAUGUCAACAUGUUUCCACUGACUGAAGCAUACUCUCUCCAAGCUGAUUUAAAAAAUAAAUAAUAACAUCUGCAUUGUGACUGAUGCCGAAUGACCUUUCUGCUUGUUUGGACAGUUUAAGACAAAGUGAUUGAUGUAAACAAUGCUUUUGCUUAUAGCUCCUGCUACUUUAGACUGGUUUGUCCAGUUAGCAGUACAUAUAUGUAUACUCAUGCAGAUCCCGGUAAAGCAUCUCAAAUACAGUUUUAAAAUAAAAGUGAUUAAAAAGA